AUGGCUGAAGCUACUGACCCUGUCAAUGGGUCCGCCAUCCCCAAUGUCGAGCCCGCCCCCGUUACGCGCUCCGCGGACGACCGCUUUGAGCUCAUCUCCGGCCCCUUGAUCAACUUUAAAAACAUGCACUAUGCGCCUUCUCCCGUCUGGCAUGGUAGUGUUUUGAUUGUUACCAAGCCCGGUCAGGACCAGCCCCAACUACACCUGCGUCAGCUCGGUGCCGUCGGUUCCGACGAGCAAUCCGUUUCUGCCAAGAACCAGACCAUCGAGGGUCUUAAGCUAUACCAGGAUCCUGAGAAGGCCUUCUGGCGUUUUAGUCUGGCCGUGCCUGUCGAGGUCUACGAGGCGCGCUGGGAGUAUGAAAUCCCCGGUCUUUACGAGUCGGGCGCCCAGGUUAACAGCCCCUGGGCCUUUGUCGUGCCCGCCGCGGAGCAGUCGAUGCGCAUGAUGUUUCACUCUUGCAAUGGCUUCUCGGUUGGUACCGACAUGGAGGCCUGGGUGGGCCCUAACCUAUGGAACGAUGUUCUGCGCAUACACGGCGAGCAGCCCUUCCACGUCAUGGUGGGCGGUGGUGACCAGAUCUACAACGAUGGAAUCCGGGUAGACGGGCCCUUGAAGCCUUGGACCGCUAUCAACAACCCGCACAAGCGUCGAACCCACGACUUCAGCAACAAGAUGCGCGCCGAGUGUGAUGACUACUACUAUGCUAACUAUGUGCGCUGGUACAACACCGAGCCAUUCCGUGCCGCCAAUGGCCGCAUUCCCCAGGUAAACAUCUGGGAUGACCAUGACAUUAUCGAUGGUUUCGGAUCAUACACGGAUCACUUCAUGAAGUGCGCUGUCUUCCGCGGUAUCGGUGGUGUGGCUUUCAAGUACUACUGCUUGUUCCAGCACCAUAUUCCCCCCCCUAAGUCGACUUUCACCACUGAUGCGCCCCAGACUAUGCACGCCGUGAACGGCACGGCUGGCGCAGACCCCCGUCAGCUUGAGAACGUGUAUGUCCUUGAAAACCAACCGGAGGAUGACAGCUGGAUCAUUGGCAAGCGUCCGGGUCCCUACGUGGAGGAGCGCAGUCGCAGUCUCUACAUGCGUUUCGGAAAGCGCAUUGCUUUCGUCGGUCUCGAUGCUCGUACCGAGCGUACCCGCCACCAGGUGAACUACAAUGACACCUACGAUCUUCUCUUCCAGCGCUUGCAGAGCGAAGUGUCGGCCGCCGAGGGCGACAUCAAGCACUUGGUUGUUCUGCUGGGUGUCCCCAUUGCGUACCCCCGCCUGGCAUGGUUGGAGAACAUUCUCACGUCUCCUCUAAUCGCUCCUGUCCGUCUGCUGAACAAGCGUUUCGGUGUCGCUGGCAGCUUGUUCAACGAGUUCGACGGUCAGGUCGAUUUGCUGGAUGACUUGGAUGACCAUUAUACUGCUCGUCAGCACAAGCGUGAGCGGAAGAUGUUCAUCCAGCGCUUGCAAGAGUUUGCUCGCGUCCAUUCGAUCCGAGUGACCAUUCUCGGAGGUGAUGUCCACCUUGCUGCCGUGGGUCGGUUCUACUCGAACCCCAAGUUGAACCUUGCCGGUGAGAACGACCACCGUUUCAUCGUCAACGUGGUUAGCAGUGCGAUCACCAACAAGCCUCCACCCAAGGCGGUCGCCAACCUCCUGGCCCGCCGCAACAAGAUUCAUCACCUGGACCGCAACUGUGAUGAGACCCUGAUGCCCAUGUGGGACAAGCAGCCCGGUGGCCAAGAAAAGAGCGCUGCGUGGAAUAAGGUGACCAUGCCGUCGCGUAAUUUUGCCAUCUUGACCGAAGUUGUUGCUCCCUCUUCGAACGGUGAAACCACGGAGACCGCCAAGCUCGACAAGCUGCCCAAGGAUGGCCAUGCGCCUCUUCACAAGGGCGAAGUUAAUGCAGGAACCGCCCACCCUGCUGCCAAUGGCUUCGGCCGCGGUAGCACCAUGUACGGAGGUCUCGAUGUGGCCAUUCGCAUUGAGAUCAGCCCUCAGGACCGCCAAGGUACCACCGAGGGCUAUGGAUUCAGCAUUCCCCUUCUGGAAGCCACUGCUCCCCCUCCUUCAGCUUCUCGUAGCAUUCGUUCUCGCCAAGAUCACGAGCAGGACGGGCAAGCGCCCGCGGGCCGUCCUUCGACUGCCCAUUAA